CGGCAGCGGCAGUGGCGGCGGCGUGUCCCUGAGAGUAGCGUGGGGGCGGGGAGGAGAGGCGGCGGCGGCGGCGGCGUAGGAGCUACGCCACACGGGGCCGGGGAGCUGGGAGCUGGAUUGCAGAGCGGGGUCGUGGCGGCGGCGGUGAGAAGAGGGAGGCGGAGGAGGGGGAGCCAUGGCGGGGCAGCAGUUCCAGUACGAUGACAGCGGGAACACCUUCUUCUACUUCCUCACCUCCUUCGUGGGGCUCAUCGUGAUUCCGGCCACAUACUACCUCUGGCCCCGAGAUCAGAAUGCCGAGCAAAAUCGAUUAAAGAAUAUCAGAAAAGUAUAUGGAAGAUGUAUGUGGUACCGUUUGCGGUUAUUAAAACCCCAGCCAAAUAUUAUUCCUACAGUAAAGAAAAUUGUUCUUCUAGCAGGCUGGGCAUUGUUCUUAUUCCUUGCAUACAAAGUUUCCAAAACAGACCGAGAAUAUCAAGAAUACAAUCCUUAUGAAGUAUUAAAUUUAGAUCCCGGGGCAACUGUAGCAGAGAUUAAGAAACAGUAUCGUUUGCUAUCUCUUAAAUAUCAUCCAGAUAAAGGAGGUGAUGAAGUUAUGUUCAUGAGAAUAGCAAAAGCUUAUGCAGCUUUAACUGAUGAAGAAUCCCGCAAAAAUUGGGAAGAGUUUGGAAAUCCAGAUGGGCCUCAAGCCACAAGCUUUGGAAUUGCCCUCCCAGCUUGGAUCGUUGACCAGAAAAAUUCAAUAUUGGUUUUACUUGUAUAUGGCUUGGCAUUCAUGGUUAUCCUUCCAGUUGUUGUGGGCUCUUGGUGGUAUCGCUCAAUACGCUAUAGUGGAGACCAGAUUCUAAUACGCACAACACAGAUUUAUACCUACUUUGUUUAUAAAACUCGAAAUAUGGAUAUGAAACGUCUUAUCAUGGUUUUGGCUGGAGCCUCUGAAUUUGAUCCUCAGUAUAAUAAAGAUGCCACAAGCAGACCAACAGAUAAUAUUUUAAUACCUCAGCUCAUCAGAGAAAUUGGCAGCAUUAAUUUAAAGAAGAAUGAGCCUCCACUUACUUGUCCUUAUAGCCUGAAGGCCAGAGUUCUUUUACUAUCUCAUCUUGCUAGAAUGAAAAUUCCUGAGACCCUUGAAGAAGAUCAGCAAUUUAUGCUGAAAAAAUGCCCUGCCCUGCUUCAAGAAAUGGUUAAUGUAAUCUGCCAACUAAUAAUAAUGGCCAGGAGCCGUGAAGAAAGGGAGUUUCGUGCUCCAACUUUGGCAUCCCUUGAAAACUGCAUGAAGCUUUCCCAGAUGGCUGUUCAAGGCCUUCAGCAGUUUAAAUCUCCCCUUCUGCAGCUCCCCCACAUUGAAGAAGACAAUCUUAGGAGAGUUUCUAAUCAUAAAAAGUUCAAAAUUAAAACUAUCCAGGAUUUGGUGAGUUUAAAAGAAUCAGAUCGCCACAAUCUGUUGCACUUCCUUGAAGAUGAAAAAUAUGAGGAGGUUAUGGCUGUUCUUGGGAGUUUCCCGUAUGUGACUAUGGACAUAAAGUCACAGGUAUUGGAUGAUGAAGAUAGCAACAACAUCACAGUAGGAUCCUUAGUUACAGUUUUGGUUAAAUUGACAAGGCAAACAAUGGCAGAAGUAUUUGAAAAGGAGCAGUCCAUCUGUGCUGCAGAGGAACAGCCAGCAGAAGAUGGGCAGGGUGAUAUUAACAAGAACAAGACAAAAGGAGGAUGGCAACAGAAGAGUAAAGGACCCAAGAAAACUGCUAAAUCAAAAAAAAAGAAACCUUUGAAAAAAAAGCCUACACCUGUGCCCUUAUCUCAACCAAAGCAGCAGAAACAAAAACAGGCUAAUGGAGUCGCUGGGAGUGAAGCUGCAGUAAAGGAAGAUGAAGAAGAAGUUUCUGACAAAGGCAGUGACUCUGAGGAAGAAGAAACCAAUAGAGACUCUCAGAGUGAAAAAGAAGAUGGUAGUGACAGAGACUCUGAUAGGGAGCAAGAUGAAAAACAAAACAAGGAUGAUGAAGCAGAGUGGCAAGAAUUACAACAAAGUAUUCAGCGAAAGGAGAGAGCACUACUGGAAACCAAAUCAAAGAUAACACAUCCUGUCUAUAGUCUUUACUUUCCUGAGGAAAAGCAAGAAUGGUGGUGGCUUUAUAUUGCGGAUAGGAAGGAACAGACAUUAAUAUCUAUGCCAUAUCAUGUGUGUACACUAAAAGAUACAGAAGAGGUAGAACUGAAGUUUCCUGCACCAGGCAAGCCUGGAAAUUAUCAAUAUACGGUGUUUCUAAGAUCAGACUCCUAUAUGGGUUUGGAUCAGAUUAAACCACUGAAGUUGGAAGUUCAUGAGGCUAAGCCUGUGCCAGAAAAUCACCCACAGUGGGAUACAGCAAUAGAGGGGGAUGAAGACCAGGAAGACAGUGAGGGCUUUGAAGACAGCUUUGAGGAAGAGGAAGAAGAGGAGGAAGAUGAUGACUAAGCAGUAAACGCAUGGACCACAAUAUGUGCACAUCUUUGCAAGUUUUUGCUGUUUUAGAAGUGUAUAAUAAACCAAAAGCAGUGCAGAACUGAUGUUGAGGGAAGUGUUACUAGAAAUGGGCGUGUUACCAAGGCAGUGGUGGUGCCUUGGUACAGUCUGAAAAAUGCUUAAGGUUUGUGAAAGCCUUUCAGGUAUGGGAUGGUGCAUUUAUUUCAUCCGCAAAUGAUAAUAAACCCUUUGUUACAACUGUCCAGAAGUGUGGGCUAUGUAUUAUCUAUCAUCUAUGGUCCCAGUAAAAGUAAAGGUACAUGAAAAACAAUCUAUAAAUGAGUGACCUUUCUUUGUUUAGCUUUAGUUUUAACAAACAUUAAAGUGUGUAUGAUAAACACCACAAAUGUUUUAAGUAACAUCUGCUCAAGUUUUAAUGUCUUUAUAAGCUCUAUUAUUCAUUUACUGAUAUUUUGCAGUGAUAUAAGACUAUUUAUAAUAGCUCCAUUCAUAGCUUUAAACAUUUUAUUUUUGCCUAUCUUGGUCAUAAGUUGGCAUUCUGUCACAUUCCACAUAAUCUAGAGGGCUACAUUUUGGGAUUUUUCCUUUUCUUAAUUGCCCAGAGUUACCAGAUAGAUUAUAAAAAUGGCUUUUAAUGGCUUAAAACAUUUUUAAGCCUCUAUUUUAGCAGAUCAAUGCAGGAUCUAAUUCUUUUUAUAAGCUAUAGACCUAAAAAUGAUUGUGGGACCAUACGUUCUCUGAUGUUGGUGACUUAUGUUACUAAACCUUUUUAAAAAGGUCACUAUAAAAGCUGAAAUACAUUCUUAGCUUUUAAUCUACCUGACUCUAUCAGAAGCCUUUUAAGGUAAAAUAUAACAUGCAAAGGAGGCAUUUUUUUGUAUUCAUUUUGGACUCCUGUCAAUAAAAUAGAAGUUUGACUCAUUUUAUGUUUGUAAUGGUGUGUGUCUUUUUACUCCCAGAAAGGGAUAAUAGGAGAACUCAUUCUUUUAUUUUUCAACUAAAAAUUUAGUAAUACUGUCCAUGACUGCUAAAGUGACUGCUGUUUCUGUGUACUAUAGAAAAACUUGUGAUUGGGGGGAACUUCCCCCUCACACUCUCCCACAGUACAGCCUGCAAGGAUCAUGCUUACAAAGAGUAGAAAUGUGUACAUGAUGAAGUAUUGAGGUAAAAUGAAUAUUUUUGUUACUAAACACGGAGGAAACAUAAGUUUAUAUUAUAGUACUGAUGGUAAUAAUCCUCCCGUAUCAAAAUCUCCAUAGAUCCAAGUGCUGUCAGAAUACUAAUUUGUGGCCUAAACUUGAAAGGUGGCCACUUCCCAUGCAGAACUACCACUGGUAUUUUGUUACUGCAGUAGUUGGAAAUAAAAUUUGAAACUUAACCAAAGCAUGAAUUCUUUUUUUUUUUUUUGGUUCUAAAUUUGGGAUGUAGUAUUUCCUAUAAUAUGGUCAAAGCAGAUUUUUUCUCUGGAGCCUUCAUUGUUUUUGUUUUAAAAGUGUUAGUGAGACCCUUCCUUGGCAAGCAGGAGUGCCACUGAUUCGUUUGUGAGGAUUUGUUUCAUUUUUUAAGUAGAGGGUAGGUUUAAUUUUCAAGUCAGGUUUUGCUGGGAAGCUGCUGGUCACCUAAGUGAGAUGGAAGGGAGUGGGCCAGCCAGUAGCAUCCAGGGAAAGGAGAGGUUAGAGAAAACUCAGGUGGUGUGAAGGCAAGGGAAAUGAGCAAAUGAAACAAAGUGUAGUGUGUGCAGUUCUGAUUUUCUUGAAAGAUACUUUUCAAGAAAAGUACUUAUUCUAGUGGCUGUUUUGUCUUAUAAAAGAGGUUUUACAAGUUAUUCAAACUACUGGCUUCUUUCUCAAGACUAGAGGAUUUCACAACCUAGUAAUUCACCACAAUGCUUAAAAAUAAAAAUAGCAUCACCUCAUUAGGAAAUCCUACUGGUCUGUGUUGCUUUGCCAUUUGUGUGAUAUAUAUGUACUUGGCAACCAACAACACAUUUUCCUCUAAUGAGUGCUUUAAGUAAGCUCUUUCCAUAUUGCCAUAGUGAAAUGACUGAACUUUCAUUUUAUCAUUCUCUUCUCUCCAGCAAGUCUCUGAACUCUGCAUCCCCUCUUUACUUCUCUUGAGAUGUAAUAACUAAUUUACCCUUGUGUGUAUUUAAUCAAAUGAAACUUUCUUUAAGUGUAGUUUCAAUUUGGUCCCAUCAAGAAACACUGACAUUUUGUCAACAGAAUAGAUGAAAACCAUCAGUGUAUGUAUGUAAAGUGAAAGUGGUUUUUUAUGAAAUUAAGCCAUUGUGUAGUAUUUUUAUCUUUUUGAAUUGGUGAGGUACCUAUUAAAAGGUACUCCUCCAGAGGAGACCAUCAGUGAAAGUCUUUCAGUUAUAAAUUUUUGUUGCACAACUUGUUUGAAGCCCUAUGUGCAUAUCUCAGUCUCAAAGUCAGGUGUUUAUAGCCUUUAAAAAUUAAAAAAAAAUUUUUUUGUGAAUUUUUUUUAAAUUAAGGAGUACAUGGAAUAAGGUUUUCUGUGUAAAACAUAACUGUGUUCUCUACCCCAGCUUGCACUGCGUGCUGGAGAAGGAUGAGCCUGUCUGGCUGCAGGAUCCCCUGCGAGAGGGGAAGCUCAAGUCCUAGGUAGAAGCAGAGCAGGCGGACACCAACCGGCUGAUGUGGGAAAGGGGAGCAAGGGUGUGGAGGAAUGUGAAGGGGCUCUGAGCAUGUAAUUCUUGACCACAACAUUUAUCCAGUCAUUUGCUUCAGCCAAGCAAAGACAGAUGCUGGAGUGGUCCUUAGCAACAAUUGUAAUUUCAAACGUAAUUCCAUGUCGCACAUAUUUUUCGAGGAGUUGUUCAUUGUUCACCACCUGUUUACUGAAUUUCAGUGUUUCCAGGUCUGUAAUCAGACACCGGGGCUAUUAAAAGAAUUUAUCUUCUUAUGGCUCACAGGUGUUAAGUCAGGCAAAUGUAUAGCAAUCUAUUUUAAUCCAUUUGCAUUCUAAUGGCCAUUGUUUGGAAUGCAUUUUUUUUUGUUUUUCCAUUGUAGGCAGAGGAGGGUUUUUUAUUUUUAGGUGCUAGCUGUUUGUUGGUUUUGAAUGUUUCCUUAAAGCAUUUCCUCCUCAAAUAUUAAACUUCAUAGAAUCCCCAGUUUAAUCUGCCCUAUGAUAACUGAGACAGCUAUCAGUGAACUGUAAUGUGACAUUUUACCAGCUGCGCAGUGAUUAGUCCAAUCAUGUCUUAAAAAGUUAGCAUCAAGCAUCUUAACAUUUAAACUUGAUGCUCAGGCUAUUUUGCAAAACUUAAAAAAGCUGUGAUCUUGUACAUUUUUCUGUAACUAGCUAAAAAUUCAAAUCUAGCAAUCAUUGGCAUGCUUUAGGGCUGUGGUUUUAGGUGGGGAUGUGUACCUCCCAGGAGUAUGCAGUAAUCAGUCUAUUGGGAAAAUGUUAAAGUGGUUGUUUGUAUUUAAUCUCAACCUUUUAAAUUUCUAUUUUUGUGUGUUUUAUAAUGUACAUAAUAUAUUGUACAAUUGUACACUUCUAUAAUUUAUAAAUAAAUACAUUUAUUGGCGUAUUAGA